GAUGCGCACGCUUACCCGGAAGUAAUCGGAAACUCCAAUCAGUUUGCGACACAUUUGCCGGUAACUUGUUGUUCAAUAAUUACACAUUUAUUGUGUUAGUUCAUUUUAGAAUCAUCUAAUUUUGGGAGAAAAAGAAGACUGAUCAAUGAUGUGGCUAGACAGACUGGUUGCCAUAGCAACCAUUUUAUUUAUUGGCUUGAAGUUUACAGAUGCUCAUUUGGCUGUAAUGUCCGUUGAUCUAGGCAGCGAAUAUAUAAAGAUAGCUCUUGUCAAGCCAGGGGUGCCCAUGGAGAUUAUCACAAAUGAGGAUUCAGCAAGAAAAACCGCAGCAAUUGUUUGUCUGAGAAAUGGAGAACGCUUGUUUGGAAAUCCUGCAGAAAAUUGUGCUACAAAGUUUCCUAGCAACGCCUUCUGGUACCUAACACAGAUUGUAGGGAAGAAGUAUGAUGACCCUGCUGUUGCCCAGUAUCAAAGACGGUUCCCAUAUUAUAAACUUGUUAAAGAUGAAGAUCGGGGAACCAUUCUGUUCCAGAUAGAUGAGGAAACCCAGUAUACACCAGAAGAAUUGCUGGCAAUGAUUCUAGAGAAAGCCAAGCAGUAUGCUGAAACAUUUGCCGAUCAGACCAUAAAAGAUACUGUGAUCACCGUCCCAGCUUUCUUCAACCAGGCUGAGAGAAGAGCUGUUUUACUGGCAGCAGAGCUCGGAGGUCUAAAUGUGUUACAGCUAAUGGGUGAUAAUGCUGCAGUUGCCCUAAAUUACGGAGUGUUUAGAAGGAAGCAAUUUAACAGCAGUAUGACAUACAUCAUGUUUUAUGAUAUGGGCGCUACAAGCACAACUGCUACAAUAGUUGGCUAUCAAGUUGUCAAAAUGAAGGAAGGUACAAGAAUGGUUGAAAAUCCCCAGCUGGUUGUAAAAGGAGUUGGGUUUGAUAGAGAGUUAGGAGGCCUGGAGAUAUCAAUGAGAUUGAGAGAUCACCUGGCCAAGUAUUUCAGCGAGCACAAGAAGACAAAAACAGAUCUGUACACCAAUUACCGAGCCAUGGCAAAACUCUUGAAGGAGGCCAAGCGGGUGAAGAAAGUUCUCAGUGCAAAUGUGGAACACAUGGCCCAGGUUGAAGGUUUGCUGGAUGAUGAAGAUUUCAAGAUGAAAGUGACACGCCAGGAACUGGAGGAAAUGUGUGCUGACAUGUUUAAUAGGGUCACAACUCCAAUAGAAGAUGCUCUGAAAGCCUCAGAAAUUACACUGGCAGAGAUCUCAGAUGUGAUAUUGAUGGGGGGAGGGAGCAGAAUUCCUGCUGUUCAAGCAAAACUGAUGGAAUAUCUCGGAAGAGUGGAGCUUGGGAAGAGCUUGAACACUGAUGAGGCAGCUGCUUUAGGCGCGGUGUAUCAGGCAGCGUACCUCGGCAAGGGCUUUAAGGUUCUUACGUUUGGUGUGAAAGAAGCUAAUAUGUAUCCUAUUGUGGUUGAGUUUGAAAAACAAAGAGCUGAGGACAGUACAGACCCACCUAAAAUCAUCAAAAGAACACUGUUUGGUAGAAUGAACCCCUACCCUCAGAAAAAGGUCAUGACCUUCAACAAACACUUCAAAGACUUCAGCUUUAAUGUGACAUAUGGAGAGUUGGACUUCCUGCCAGAAAAUGAGGCAAAGGUGUUCCGUGAGUUACAGGGCCAAAUCCAUGAGAUAGCUCUAUAUGGUGUGGAGGAGGCUUACAGCAAGCAUCCUGAUGCCAAGGAGGCUAAAGGAAUCAAGGCCCACUUCAAAAUGGACGAGAGUGGCACGCUUACAUUGGAUCUAGUAGAAACAGUGUUUGAGAAGGAAGAAAAAGUAGUGGAGGAAGAAUCAACAUGGUCAAAGUUAGGUGGUAAACUGACAGGAUUAUUUGGUAAAACAGAAGAUGUCAAGGAGGCAGAUAAUGCUGACCUUCCACCAGAGGGCAGUGAUAAAGCAGAGUCCCAGACAGGGGAUGAACCCAAAACAGGGGAUGACACAGCCCAAGGGGAUAAAACAGACCAGUCUGAGACUGACCAGUCCAAAACAGACACAGAGGGCAAAAAGGAGGAGGAGGUACCUGCUGAGGAAGAAAAACAAGAAAAGACAGAGGAAGGAAAGAAAGAAGAAACUGAACAGCAGGAAAAGAAAACAGAAAAUGGUGAAAAGAAAGAUGAAAAGAAAGAUGAUAAAAAGGAGGAAGGUGAGAAGAAGCCAAAGAUAAUUAUUGUGAAGGAGAACAUCACCACGGAAACAUCAAUUACUGACACUAAACCACCCAGCAAAGAGAGUCUUAAAGCAUCCAAGAAAAAGUUAGCUGAUCUCACUGCAAAGGAUAAAGAAAAGAAACUACUGGAGAAAGCUAAGAAUGAGCUAGAAUCGUUUGUGUAUGAUACUAUGGACAAACUGUCCCAGGAGAUGUACGAGAGAUGUUCAACAGAGGAAGAGCGUGAGAAAUAUAACAAAAUGUUAUCUGAGGCUUCUGAUUGGCUCUAUGAACAGGAGGAAGACACACCCAAAGAGCCAUUUGUUGAGAAACUAAAAAGCUUAAAGAAGGAAGUGAAGGAGUUGGGGAAACGAGUAAAAGAAUUCAAGGAGAGACCUGAGGCAUUAGCCACGCUUGACGGCAUGCUCAAUCACUCAUCAUUAUUCUUGCUCAGUAUUAAAAAUUUAUCAGCUAUUGAAAUCGAGGAUAAAGUAUUUACAGAUGUGGAAAUAGAAACAUUGGAAAAAUUAAUAAAUGAAACUGAGGAAUGGAAGGCAACAAUGAUUAAAGAACAAAGUGCUAUACCAGAUUAUGAAAAACCUAAAUUAUUAAUAGAAGACAUUGCAUUUAAAAUGCAGGCUUUAGACAGAGAAGUGAAAUAUCUAAUAAAUAAAGCAAAAACAUUUAAGCCUAAACCAAAGGCGAAACCUGCUAAAAAUAAAACUGAAACAAAUGGGACAAAAGCUGACACAAGUGAUAAAAAAGCAGAUUCUGAUACUAAAGAGGAUGUAAAAGUUGAAACAGAUGAUACAAGUACACCACCAGAUACAGAAAUUCCAGCACCACCAACUGGUGAUGAUACUGAACAACCAGCAGCUGAAGCAGACACAGAAGCAGAAGAAACAACCCCCAAGCCCACAGAAGAACCAAAAGCAAAAAAUACACACAACCCUGAAGAUUUAUAACGAUAGCUCAAAUCUAGUAUUAGACUGAAUUAGACAAUAUGUUGGACCACUCCAAGUUAAGGCGAAAAUGACUUGUAAUAAAAGUCACAAAAGUUACUUGCAGUACAUAUUUGUCGUUGGGUUAAUAGGGUAGUAUGACUAUUCUUUUAAACCAUGAUGAUGUAAAAUGUGUGUGAAGGUUGUCAAUUAGCACAUCAGUUAUAAACUGAUUAGAUUAGAGGGUUGGGGGGAGUAAAAUGGAUGGAUUUUAAAAAUGCAAAAAAACAAGUUUUACGUUAAAUUUAUGGGCUUUUAUGACAUUUGGGGGAUUUAAGUUACAUUAAUUUAUUUAUAUGUAUUUUGUUAAGACAUGAACAAUCAAACUGUUGAUAAAAGUAGUCUUACCACUUCCUAUAAGAGCUUGGAAUUCAAUUGGAGAAUUGUGAUGGAGAUUAAACGGCUAUAAAUAUCAGCUGAGAAGGACCAGCAUAUCUUAACGGGUAGUCGCUUAUAUGGAACUGAAGAAAAUACCUAACGGGUAGUCUUGUAAAAUAACUUGCUUAUAUGGAACUGAAGAAAAUACCUAACAGUUGUCUUGAAAAAUAACUUGCUUAUAUGGAAUUGAAGAAAAUACCUAUUGAACUAUGUUAAAUCAAAAUUACACUGAAUAUGGCAUUGCAUGAAUUCUUGAACUGACAGAGGAUUUGUGCCUAGCAGUAGAAGUGCUUAUAAACAAAAGGGACCAUUCAUAUCAAGUGCAGUUGUAUUUAUAUGAAAAUGUGUCACAGUAAACUUUUUGAUUAUAUUGUCUUUGUUUUUUGAUGCAAGUAAAAAAGGUUUAAUUCUUAACAAACUGUAGCUUGUCCUAGAGAUAAGGCAUCAGAAAUACUAUCUUAAGUGUGAUGGGAUAUUGUAAAUAGAAUCAAAUUGUGUACAGAUAUAUCCUGUCUUUAACUUUGUUAGAUAAAAAUCAAAAAAGUUCAAGAAGCAAGAGUUUUGUACGAGUAUUUACCUAAACCUGUCCAGUUUUAAUUAAUAAAGCAACAGUAUUGUCUACAUAAUUUAUUUCAGUGUUAAAUUCUGGAUAUUUUAGUAGGAUAUUUUUCAAUCUUGGAAGUUUAGUAACUGAUUAACUAGUCUUUCAUUGAUUAUGUUUAAACUUUGGGUUAGUUAAAUUGAUGGUGUGUAGAAUCCAACUCAUUACUUGAGAACAGUUUAAAAUGCAUACCGUUUUAACAGUACAAUGUGCACUAAGAAAUACACAGAAGGCUUUUAGUAAAUACAAGUCGUGUUAUGGUAAACAAACGAACAUAUUAAACAAGUUACUGUGUUAUGAUCAAUUGAACCUUAUUGACUGGUUGGCGGGGCCAAAAAUACUUAUUGUCCUUCAGCAGUGAUCUUGCAAAAUUGUGACGUCGUAAACAGUUUGAGACUAAAACACUGGGAAAAGAUACCAACUUUUGUAUAUAUGUUUUGAUUUCAUUAUUGUUUUCACAAGUAAACUUUCGAGUUGUUGAUUCAGUGAUAAAAUAAUUGUUGCCUUUUUUAUUCAGUAGAUGUGAGGAUUUAUUAACUUUGGAAAAAUUGGAUCAACCUUUGGUCAAUAUCACUUUUAUCCACAUAGAUAAUUUCAUAGAAGUGUGUUCCUGCAUUUGAUUUUAGUUUCACUAUUUUGGUGAUAAACACUUUGUCCAUUUCAAAUAUGUAAGAAAUUACUUUGCCAAGGAGUUAUGUUGUUAUUGUUAAAGCAUGUCAUAGUUAAAAGAAAAUUUGAGUUUUUGCAUGCAUUUAUUUUGAGAUUAGAUAAUUUAUUACAUCUACUCAGUGUCUAGAACAAGGAAUUUGUUUUAAUACGUAUUUCUAAAUCUUGCAGUUGCUUAGUGUAAUUGCUGUUUGAUCUUUCUUUAACACUUAAGGUAGUGCACUUGGAAUGACAUUCAGCAGUUUUCAUCCAAUAUUAACCAAAAAAUCUUCUACCAUCUGAGGAGACCUUUAGAUUGAUGUAUAAUUUAUUUUUGGUUCUUUAAAAUGGAGAAGAAAUACAUGCAAAACUCUACCAGUGAUUCAUUGAUUCAAACAGUAAGUUGAUUUUCACUGAAAAAAAGUUUUGCUAACCACCAUUUUUAAUGAGAGACAAAAUUGUUAAAUAAAUGCUGAAACAAUUUUGGUUGGACGGUAAAAAAUAAUUUCACCACCACUGAAAUCCAGAUUUGUUAUUUUGUAUUAGUCAUUCCAUGUUAGACAAAUUAUGUGAGGUUUAUUUGUGAAGACAUGAGUGUGUGUGAAUUUCUGUGAAGAAUUUUGUGGUAAAAAGAUGGAAGUGCUUAGUCAUGUGCAAUUAAUCUCUCUGAAGAUAAUGUCAUUCACAUGUUACAUGAUAAUGUCAUACAUGUGUUUCAGUGAUAAACCUGGAUGUAUUCUGUUUUUUAGUUGGUCCCCCUCUUAAGUGGCUAAAAUAAUCCUGUCUCUUUGAUCUAUUUUUUGCUUAUCAUUUAUUUUGUAAAGAUUUUUAUUUACGGGAUAAAGGUUUGAUUGCUAUAUUUGUAGUCAUCAGAUACCUGACACUAUUAUUCACAUAUAUAUAUUUAUCAUGUUUGACAUCGCAGGAGUGUAAUAAAACUUUGACGUCCACGUUUAUAGUAUAGGAGACGUUGGUCAAGUUGACUUGUUAAUAAUAGUUAAAGAAAGUAGAAAUUUUGAUGUUUCGACAGGAAAAGCUAACAUGUGAUAAAAAGAAUAUUACAUUUGUGACUUUCCACAUUGAAUUUAUUAAACUCAUUGAAUAAAAUUGAUAAAAUGCUCUGCAGAGCCUCGCAUUUUAUUAUUUUAUUCAACUCGUUUAAUAAAUUCAGUAUCAAAAGACUCGCAUAAUAUCCUCUAAAUGAAAGGUAUGAAUUAUUAACAACUGAUUACUAGUGUCACUUUGCUUAUCAACACUUCUGUUGACAAUAAUUUUAAGAUAUUGGACCGGUAAUGAUGAUCAGCAUUUUCCAUUCAGUUACAUACUCCCUUACGCAAUUGCGACAGUCUCCAGUUGUUAUGUAAAGCAGUUUUCUGUUAUGGCAGAAGAUUGUCAAAAUAGAAUAUGAGAAUAGUAAUAGAAUAGAAUGUGUUGAUUUUCAUGAUGGGUACACUACCAUAAAGUGAAACUUUUUUAGCCUCAGAGCUUGAGAUUUCUAUAUCAGUUUGGUAUGAUUGUAUGAAUAACUUGAUGCUGUAUUUAUUGGGCUGAUUUAUGCUGUACAUGUAUUUAUUGGGCCCAUUCUCUGUUUCUUAGAAUGGAUAUUUUAUUGUUUAAAUGUUGUUGGGUAAUACUUCCUUCACAAAACAGGGAAAAUCAAAACUAGACUUUGUUGGAAAGAUCCAUUUUCUUAAUAUAUUUUAGCACAAGAAUGUAAAUAUUGUAACUAUCAACUAGUAAGUCUAUUUUCUUAUAUGAACAAGCUCUUGCAGCUGUGUUAAGAUAAAUGUCCAAUCUGCUAGACUUAUGUGAUUGAAGUUAAAAGCACCAUGACUUAAACAAGCUAGCUCUGUUUUAUGUUAUUUACAAGAGUACAGAUGUAAGUAAAGAAGAGAGCUUGCAAGCAUUAAAAUCACAGUGUAAAAGUUAAAAUGGGUCCAGUUACAUAGUCGAUUAUAUUUAUAAGUAUGUUGUGAAAAAGUGUGUGUCCUUGUUAUAAAUGAUGGAACCGAAGAUUUGUCAUUUCAUUUUUAUUUCAGUUCAAAAUGUCCAAUGUUGACAAAUUAAAUAAAAAAAGUAUUUUGACCAACUGUU